GACGCCGCCACUUGCCGCAGCCACGCAACAGGACGCCGCCUCCCGCCAUGUCCGUGCUACGACAGUUCGCAGCCACCGUCAUAGUGGACGUGUCGUGCUGCAUGCUGUUCGGGGUGGUGGCCGGGUGGACGUCGUCGGCGCUGCCGCUGCUGCAGUCGGACGCCUCCCCGCUGGGGGUGCCGCUGACGGUGGAGGAGGGCUCGUGGGUGGGCGCCGUCAGCACGCUGACUGGCACCGUGGGCACGCCGCUGUUCGGGCUCUGCGUGGCGCGCUACGGCUGCAAGCCGUCCGCCUUCCUCGCCGCCGCGCUCAUGCUCCUCAGCUGGGUGCUUAUCCUGGUGGGUCAGCACGUGGCCGUGCUGAUCGUGUCUCGGGCGCUGGCGGGCGUGAGCGGCGCGGGCGGCUUCGUCGUGUGCGGCGCCUACGUGCGUGACAUCUCGGAGGACGCGGUCCGCGGGUCGCUCUGCUCCUUCCUCGUCAUCGCCUACAUAAUCGGCCUCCUCUGCAGCUACGCGCUGCCCCUGGCGCUGUCCUACACGAUGACGGCGGUAGUCUCGCUGGUGCUGUCCGCCGCCUCCUUGGCGGGCCUCUUCUGGUUGCCGGACACGCCCUGGUACUACUUCAGCAAGGGCCGCCCCGACGAAGCCAAGGCCUCUCUGCGCUGGUUCAGGGUCGGCAAGACCGAGGAGGAACUGGAGACGGAGUUCGCAAUGAGGCAGGCGGCGGUGGAAAAGAAGCGGCUGGAAGACGCCGAGCGUCACGUGUCUCUGCGCGACCUGUUCGCCACCAAGGCCAACCGCCGCGCCUUCGCCAUCGGGAUGGUGGUGUGCGCCAACCAGCAGCUGAGCGGCAUCAUCGCGGUGGUGUCGUACGCCGAGGGCAUCUUCUCGGCGGCGGGCGGCGCCAUCGACCCCGCGCUCAGCGCCGUCGUGGUGGGCGCCUCUCUGCUGGGCGGCGUCGCCGUCUCGACGCUGCUGACGGACCGCGCGGGCCGCCGCGCGCUGCUGUUGCUUAGCAACGCGGGCAUCGCCGUCUCGACGGCGGCGCUGGGCGCCCACUUCUACGUGACGCGCGCCGGCGGCUGGUCGCCCGGCUGGCUGCCCAUCGCCUCCCUGUGCGUCUUCGUCGUGACCGUCUCGCUGGGCGUCUACCCGGUGCCCUACGUCGUGCUCGCCGAGAUCUUCUCGCCGCGCAUCCGCGAACUGGCCACCUCGCUCGGGCUGACGCUGCUGUGGGGCGUGUGCUUCCUGGUCGCCAAGCUGUACCCGUCCGUGGCCGCUGCCUGGGGCGACCACGUCUGCUACUGGUUCUUCUGCGCGAGCUGCGUCGCCUGCGGGCUCUUCAUCGCGCUGGUGAUGCCCGAAACCAAGGGCCGCUCGCUCGAGGACAUCCAGAACGACCUCGCGGCCGGCAGGCUCUGCGGCAGGAGGGCCAAGACCGAGGAGGCCAUCUUCAGCUCGUCCAGAUGGCUCACGCUCAGCGGCCAGAACCUCAGCGUCAACAACCAGAAGAAAGAGAUCGUCUGGUGACCGUCUCCACCCGUAAGGGGCGUGCCAUGACCUCGCGCCACUGGAUCCGAAUCUUGAUCCGUCCAUGUGAUUUGGAAAGGCUCUACUAUUUGUUAUGUUGUACCUUUCACUUCGAAGACGGAGUUGAUGCAGCUCUCCAAGCUAGUCUAUCGUGUGUAAGUCUUUCAGUCUCCACACGACAGCAAUCUGCGCCGAAUGAGGUUCAAUUGGUUCAAAUGGAUCUCAGCACUAUGGGAUCUAACAUCUGAGGCCAUCAGUCCCCUAGAACGUAGAACUACUUAAACCUAACUAACCUAAGGUCAUCUCACACAUUCAUGCCCGAGGCAGGAUUCGAACUUGCGAGUGUAGUGCUCAGUUGCAGAGGUUUACUCGAUUGUUUCCCACUACAAUGUUCGCCCUUAAAGUAUCCCUCCACAGCCAAAUUAAUAUUCGUUGAUGUCUCAUGAUGCGCCCUUUAGUCCAUCAUUGUUAAACUGUUAUUUGGAAAAGUACUACUGUUUAUGAUGGUGCAGUAUCCAGUUCGACAUUACGUCAAUCCUGCUCUCCACACUAAUUUAUCUCCAGCUAACCAGCUAACACUUACAACAUUCUUUACGUUUGCAAAUGUUUUAUUAUAUCCAAACUCCACUCUCCCUUCCCCUGCCACUCCUAAGAAAGUCUUGCAUAAGCCUUUACAGUCUCUUUCCAUAUUGUACCAUAAACUCACUACUCUCUCAUCCAGACAGAGCUUAAUCUAUUACCCGAUGUACCCAUCCCAGCCUCGUCAUUCUUCUCCAACGUCACAGUCUCUUCUUGGGUGUUCUGUUAAAAUGUUCAAAUGUGUGUGUAAUCUUAUGGGACUUAACUGCUAAGGCCAUCAGUCCCUAAGCUUACACACUACUUAUACCUAAAUUAUCCUAAGGACAAACACACACACCCAUGCCCGAGGGCGGACUCGAACCUCCGCCGGGAUCAGCCGCACUGUCCAGGACUGCAGCUGCUUUGACCGCUCGGCUACUCCCGCACGGCGGGUGUUUCGUUUAUCGUCCAUAUUUCAGUUCCAUGUUCUGCAGUUAACACUACAAUAUACUACAAUUUAUAUUUGAUGUGGUAUAACCGCAUAUAAAACAAAACAAAACAAAAAUAAAAAAUCUCAAACAAAUUGGGAGGCAAGUACACGAAACGUAGUGUAGAGUGAUUGUAUGCGUCAGAAAAACCAGCGAAAAGCUGUAGAAGGCCUGAAUAAUAAAGAUGUAGACAGAGAGAACUAUUUUCUUGGACUCAGUGACAGCUUGGUCGCUUUUUUUCAAAAUCAUUUCCAUGAUGUUUUGUGACAAUGGCUAGGUAAAAUAUUCCUACUUAAUUAUUUCCUCUUUUAACUACGUUAUUGAACCUAAAACAUCAGUGAUGCAGUUAAUGAAGAUACCGGAUAACUCCCCUAUCCUACAUUAUCGCGGUUUGAAAAGUAUUGCUGAUUUCUUGUGGAGUCUUCAUGUACAAUUUCGGACAUAGGAGAUACUAUCGCUCUUACGAUAACGUCAUCUGGUCUUCAGAAAAAUAUGUUAACUGGCAUUACACGGAAAGCAUGAACUUAUUUCUGAAGCGCUCAAAGAAAUAAAUACUAUGAUUCAUAUGUUCAUUUCUUAGCACAACCCUGAACAACUACACUUUGAUCCAGUAACGUUUACUAUCCUCGUCCACAAUAUCAUUAUCCAUGAUUUAUUCUGAAUCGUGAAUUACUUAAGACUCAGACAUCUUCAAUAAAAUUAGGUCAGUUCGAUGACUCCAACGAUAAACUUUACCGAGAACAAGGACCUCCCGCGAGUUCCUCGAUGCAUCAACUGAAGAUUCCAGUUUCUGAUGCAAAUGUUACGGGCAAUAUGGAUUUUUACGUAAAACCUUUCUUUCUUUUCUUUUCUUUCCAACCUCCAACCAUUUUGUCUCAGAGAAGCACCUGCAACCUACGUCCUCAAUAAUUUGCUGGACGUAUUCCAAUCGCCGGCCGUUGUCGCCGAGCGGUUCUAGGGUCUUCAGUCUGGAACCGCGAUGCUGCUACGGUCGCAACUUCGAAUCCUGCCUCGGCCUGUCCUUUGGUUAAUUAGGUUUAAUAAGUUCUAAGUCUAGGCGACUGAUGACCUAUGUUAAGUCCCAUAGUGCUUACAGACAUUUGAACCAAUUUUGUAUUCCAAUCUCUGCCCUCCUCUACAGUUUUAAACCUCUACAGUUCCACGAA